CUGACGUUUGAUGAGAGCAAUGGCACUACAAGUACAAUUGUUGCAGCCGUUUUUGGGGGGGUGCUUGCAACGGCCAACGCAACAGACAACGGGAACUCCACGAAUACUAGUAACGCAAACGCGUUGUCCACGAACCAAAGUGCAACUACAGAGGCCAGUAACCAGACCAACACAACAGUUAUCUCCACCGCGACGUCGACCAUCAGUCUCGAAGACCGCAUCCGGCGGGGGUUUUUCCAAACCGCAGCGGAUUUGUGCAAUGUGGAUGAGAGUUUCCUCCAAGCCCAGCUCUCUUCCGUUCUCACGAUGUCGACGGUUUAUCUACCAGUGAGCAACUAUUCCGCACAUGAUCCGAGUUUCGAGGCGAUUGCGACGCAAGAAGACUACGCGAGGGUAAGUUCGCUCGGGUCGAAACUCGCCUACACGAUUCAGGAUUUUAAGCAAACUUACAUCGCCGGACCCUGGCAGCUGUGUUGGAAGGCGAUAGAGAAUGCGGAGAGUUUAUUGCUAGGUCAGAACGCGAGUACUACUUCUACGGCGAGCACGAAUAACGCGACAUCAACUACCAUCGGAACAACAGCGACAAGUGCAGGCAACGAAACAACAGGGCAGGGCUCCGAACAAAUUUCCUGGGUCCCGUUUGGAAAGUUGGACGUGAUUGGCCCGACAAAGGAGUUGUUCAAUUGUAACCUCGGCGCCCGGUGUCCGAUCAAUCUUUCUGGUUACGGAGACUUUGCGAGUGUGACGCAGUUGAUUAUCGCGAGGAAAAAAACUACUUCCAGUACAACGGCGGGGACGAGCAGAAGAAAACAAAGGCGACAGUUGCAGCAACAAACAACACCGCAAGUUGUAUCCGAUGAAAACGCCUGUUCUGGUCCAGACUGGGAGAUCAUUUACCAAAUUCCCAUGACAGAAUUAAUCGCGAUGACUAUCCUGAGUAAAAACGUACCCACACCAGAGUUGUAAUGCAGAUUUGCAAAGACAGGAAGACUUGCAAUGCGCAUCCCCAUGAGAGCCAUUUCCAGUCGUGUUUUGGAAUUUGUGAUGCUGUGAACAGGAUGAGCAGAUGAAUCUGUGACGCGGCUGCACUUGCUAACCAGCACUACACUGCGGAGUGCAAUUUGUCAUGCGUGACUCACAAAACUUAAACUCCUAGGGCUGUGUUGCAAAAUCUCCAUCCUGACUCUGGUGUGGGGACGUUUUUACUCAGGAUAAUGACCGGCGGAGUGCUCUCCAUCGACACCAUUUUUGCAAAUUUGCCCACGGCGGUUGCGUAUCCUGUGCAAGAAAAGUAUCGUACUCGUAGUAAUUGCAGUCAUGCAUUACAAAUCUCGUUCCCAAGGCAAAUCAGCAUGACAAAUUCCAUUUUUCAUGCUGAGCGAAUUUGUAUUGCAAAUACUACUAGUAAGAUACUUUUGCAAUUCAUAUUGCGGAUGCGAGUACACUCAGCUUGUGUUGGCGCAGCUCGUCGAGUGGUGGUAGUGCCAGUACGAACAACGGUACGAGAAACCCGUUUUUGGUUGAUGCGAAGCAGGGUAGUUCCUCUUCUUCCACCGUAGUUGGUGACUACAUCCGGAUCGGGCAAUUCAUCGUGUCCGGCCCGCAAAUACCCGGCCACAACGCACCAAAAGUGCAUUUCUACUGCGAGUUAGGGGACAGACACUGCGACAUCGAACUCCCGUACGUCGGGGUGGAAAGCAAUCUGAAAUCGAGUCUCCGGGUCAGCUAUCUACAACUCCAGCCGAUUUCCGGCGGCCAGACGCACCCGGAUGCCGCUUUGGUCGCGCAAACCGCAGCCAGCUCGACUAGUUCCGCGUGUAUUGACGAGCAAAGGAUUGGAUCGAGUAUUCGGUUGAAAAACGCGUUCGCGGGGAGUUAUGCAAGAAAAAAACUUCUGUGUAAGUGUAACUCUGUAAUGCAGAACAUGCAACAGAGUUACAUCUGUUAUGCCAGAAAGCCACGAGGCCUCUUUUCAUGUGUGUUUUCCCUUACAAGCCAUGCAUGACAGGUUUUCUCUGUCAUGUAGAGCAAACUUGUGAUGCUGUCAGCCAAAGAAAGUUACACUAACACAGUUUUUUUCUUGGAUAGAAGUAGUCGGUUUUUCAAUACGACGAACAACAAAUUCUCGUUAGGGGAAAUCAAAAUCAGCGAACCAGUCGGGUGGACCGGAACUUACAGGAUGUGCUGGCGCUCGGAAUUCACGGACGAAACUGCAGUAGCAGCAAGAAGGAUGAGAGCGCUGUCUUACCACGAGGCUGGAGGUGCUACAUCAAUGUCGGGUACCACCUCCAUGCAGAUGGAAGGUACUAGCAGUGCUAGUGCUGGUACUAUGGAUCACAGCGCGCACCACAGUACUAGCGCGACUUCGGCUCCGAGUAGUCUGCCCAGUUCCCAAAGUGUUGACCCCGCGGCCGCGGCCAGCACAGCGACUAUUUCGAACGACCCACAGAACCAAGCGCGUUGGAAGGCCCAGUUCGACGGGGUGCCGCAGUACGUGUUCCAAACCACUUCGGACGGUUCGAGCUCCGGGACAGUCUUUAUCCAGUGCAAAACAAGUAUCGCACUCCCACUCGUGCUGAUCGCAGUCAUGCAAGACAAAUUUCUUUUUCAAGCUAAAUCAGCAUGAGAAAUUUCACUUGUCAUGCUGAGCGAAUUUGUAUUGCAGUACUAUGAGUACGAUACUUUUGCAGUUGAUAGUGUACGACAUCGGGCAAGUCACUUUCUUCGGUCCGCUGGAAACGCACGUGUAUUGCGCUUUGGGGGAAGACUGUACGGCGGCGAAUUUAAGUGGGACGUAUUUGCGGACAAUUAUGUCGAACGGAACGAUUAUGUCGAACGGAACGGAUGACGAUAGUACCACACCACUGCAAAACCGCUCCGUUAGCAUCGUCGUUUUGGACUCCGCCGCCAGUACGGGCGCGAGCGAGUGCCGGGAGAGCUACGGACUGCUUGGAAAAACAGAACAAUCUUCUCUGAUCUCCUCCAUGGAGCAGAUUUUACCGGUUUUCAACGGACCUAAUUUCGCAAAUCCGGUGGACUCAGGUUCGAGUUCUGCAAGCAGUACAACUUCGGAACAAACUCAGCAAGCAAUCAACUCCGCCCAAAUGACGUUCGAAUUCGGAACCCCCUACCGGGGCAUAGUCGGCGAAUACGCGCUGUGUUGGCGGAAUCGAGAGGUUUUCGGAAAAUUCCACCUCACGGGGCCGCUGUUCGGCGGCGCCAGGCCGUCCAGCUGCCCGAUUGGUGUGACGGAUUGCCGGAUCAGGCUGGAAGGGCACAGAUUUUCGGAAACGAAUCAUUUGAAGAUGGUGGAAGUUGUUGAGGGGGUUCCCGUUGUGACAACAGGAAGUAGUUCUUUAAACUUCCUUCCCGCGAACCCCGUCCAAGUGCAACCAGACUUGAGGAACCGACUCUACAGCUUCGGCCCGAUAGGUACGACAAAUGACCAGAUCGCAACCCCCGGCGUUUACUCGCUCUAUUGGGGGGAGACAGCGGUAAAACAAGAAAUUUCCACGGAUGUUUUGGUGUUGCAAGGCCCGAAAGUGAAGUCUUUGACCGCAGCGGAUGGAGACACGGGGUUUGUGUGCAAAUUGGGGGAGUCGUGCAAAGUCGAGUUGAGCGGCGUGGCGCUGCAGAGCUUCAACCGGUUGAAAAUCUUGAAUUUCGACCGUCUGAAACCGUUUCGGGUGAUGGUGAACAAUAAUGCGGGAUCAGCUUUAGCCGGUGGUCAAGAAGGUACUGUAAAUGGCAGCAACGGAACUACGAAUGGUACUACAAGUGUGAUGUCCACAGCCACAUCCUACUCCUACCAGUGGGCGCCAACCAUCGCGUUGAUGAACGACGAGGAUGACACGGGUGGUAUGGGAUAUGGAUUGCAAAAAUGUCGGGGUCUGGAAGAUUGCGACUUGUCAUGCUAAAUCCGAAGCAUGCAGAAAUCUGUGUUGCAUGAGUGCCAAAAGCUGUCCACUUUCGACCAAGUUUGGGGGGAGUUUCUCAUGCAGGAUAGGCAUGGAAGAGACUAUGGAGCGUAGGUGUACUACCGCUACCGGGAUAUUGCAUGUACUACCGGGCUAGUCAAGGUACCCCAAUUUUGAAAAGUCAAGGUCAGCGCUACAAAAAAGUCAAGGUCGGGAAAUCCGAUGAAACAGGCGGACACUCUCCUUCUGCCCCCCUAUCUGGUGCGCUUCUGUAGUUUUUUCGUGGUAGUCGUGGACAUUGGGAAGGGGGUGGCGCAGGACAAAUGACAAAAAUGCAACCACUAAGAAAAGCAUUUCAUGCAAAACCCCAGAUGGAGGUGCAGCAAGAGCGCAACUCCAUUUGAGUUUUUGCAUGACAGACUUGUCCUUGUGGCUGCAUUGUCAUUUUUGCUUGGAGUUUAGCAGAGCUAUUCUGACUACCCGGCUUUCCUUUUGCUCGAUGGUUGGAGCAAUGUGCACCGGCCUUAAGGGUGGAUUCGAGCUGUCAGCGCGCAACUGUUCAGCAUGAAGCGAGCAGUCCGCUGCAGCUGAACCCCCGGACGAGGCUCCGAAGGCGUCCCCCCCGCCCCAUGCCUGGGCCCCACGCAUGGGGCGGGGUGGACGCCUUCGGAGCCUCGUCCGGGGGUUCAGCUGCAGCGGGCUGCUCGGAGUUGGUCAUGAACAAGAUGGCGAGCAAAAGCCUGGCCGAUUUUGCUCAUGCUCAUUGUCCCCAAUGCGGGGACAAUGAGCAAAAUCGACCGGGCUUUUUCGUGCCAUCUUUUUCAUGACCAACUCCGCGCCAGCAGCUCCCCGCUGGCUGGCGGACCACCCGGACGGGGCUCCGAAGGCGUCCCUCCCGCCUCCGCCCGGGGCCCACGAGCGGCCGGAAGCUGCCCCGGGGGGGGCCCCCCCCGGUUCCGGCGACUUGCGCGCUGACAGCUCGAGUCCACCCUUAAGGCCGGUGCACAUUGCUCCAUUGAGCAAAAGGAAAACCGGGUAGUCAGAAUAACUCUGCUAAAAACUGCACUCGGGCAAAAAAAUCGCUUUUUGGCGAAUUUUUUGCCCGGAUGCAGUUUUUAGCUUCGUUUUACCUUCACUUUCCCAUUUUUCGGAAAAAAGCGACUACAAUGCGGGUCAGCGUUUAGCUUUUGGCGAGCCGGCUUUCCUUUCUUUGCAACCUCCAAAAGUGGACCGAAAUGGGGCCCGUACCAUGCGGCCUCCGCUUUUUUCGCCUUGGCAUUUUCCGGCGCCCCUUUUUGGGCGGUCCAAAUCGACGGAAAUAGUCGCGCUGGACGCCUCGGCAGGGCGUCUGCCAAGAGCGGCGCUCGACUCAAGAGAUUGAGGAGCCCGCCGAGCAGUUGCGCGCCCGCAGCGUCAAGAGCUGCGGCGCUCCUCGACCCUCCCAACCGGAGAAAAUCGGGUGGCCAACCGUGUCUGAAGACGAGCCGGCGGCUUCCUGGUUGGCGCCUCAGCGCUCGCCCCAAGAGGCUGGGGAGACAGAGCAGAGGCCAGAGGCGCGAGAGCGGAGCUCUUCCCAAGAGAUUGAGGCCAAAAAAUAGUCACUUUUUUCAUUCCACUACCGGAAUAAGAAACGUUGAUUUUCAACGUGUUCAGACCCGAAUCGGAGUUGAAUCCGAGCUGCCGCGUUUGUGAGUUAUUAUCCCGGUAGUCGAAAAACUUCUAAACCACCAUAGCAUGGGGGAAACGCGUUGCACUACCGUACGAAAAGACGACGCACUACCGGGAUAACCGACGACCAAAAUUCGUCGGACCGGCACCACGGUAGUGCGUCGCUUUUCCCUUAUCGGUUUUGUACGGUAGUGAAAGGCAUAUUCCCAAUGGUAUGGUGGAUUUUAAGGCUUUGUACUACCGAUCUACUUUUUCAAUGCACUACCUGGAUAUUAAUUCCCGCAGAUUCCGGUAGUGGCUGACUUUUACCCAUUAUUUUUCGUGCGGUAGUGCAAACCCGAACACCCAUGCUACGGUGGUUUUCAGAUCUUUGCACUACCUGGAUAUUAAAUGCGUUCUCAAUGAAAAAACAAAAAAAAACUGUCCCGAAACUGCUCCCGAGGUCGCGAAAUUUGUCGCGAUCCGAGUGGAGUCCAUGAUUAUUAUCUCGGUAGUACUAUCAAAAACGGCGCUCCCGAAACCUCUUUCGCAUGGCCGACACAGCACGUCGAUUUGAAAAGCAGUAGCUGUUGUUCGAGUGGGCCAACGAGGUGCAGCCGAGAGGAGCCGCCCCGCCUUCUUCUGCAGUGCGAGGAGCAGAACCAGAGCCAUCGGGUGUUGAAGGAGAGCUCCUCGUUGAAGGAGAGCUCCUCCUUCAAAUAGCCUCCACGAUCGACGAGGCGGAUGAGAAAGAAGAAGAUGAGCCCGGACGAGGUCUACAGUUGAAGUGUCGGCCUUCUGAGCGGCCGAAGCAACCACCUCCAGUGGAGGUGGUGGCGCUCCAGCAGCGCCGCGCCCCAUGUCGACGCCUAGUCCGUCCCGGAGGCUAUGAGGCCGGGCGGCGGUUCCUCGCCCUUCGGCCCGCGCUGGCGGUGAUCUGCGAAGCACAGCGCGAGCCAAAAGGCGACAAAACCGAACCCGUUCGGCCUGGCUCUGCCUCAAGAUUGGCCGGGCGGCGGCUCCCUGCCCUUCGGCCCGCGCUGGCGGUGAUCUGCGAAGCACAACAGGAGCCAAAACCGACCAAAGCCGAACCCGUUCGGCCUGGCUCUGCCUCCCAAGAUUGGCCGGGCGGCGGUUCCCAGCCCUGGCUUCGUCCGGCGCUGGCGGUGAUCUGCGAAGCACAACAGGAGCCAAAAGGCGACAAAACCGAACCCGUUCGGCCUCGGUCUGCCUCAUUCAAGAGGAGCCGGGCGGCGGUUCCCAGCCUUUCGGCCCGCGCUGGCGGUGAUCUGCGAAGCACAACAGUAGCCAAAACGCGACAAAACCGAACCCGUUCGGCCUGGCUCCGCCUCAAGAUUGGCCGGGCGGCGGUUCCCAGCCUUUCGGCCCGCGCUGGCGGUGAUCUGCGAAGCACAACAGGAGCCAAAACGCGACAAAACCGAACCCGUUCGGCCUGGCUCUGCCUCAAGAUUGGCCGCCCGGGCGGCGGCUCCUAGCCCUCCGGCCCGCGCUGGCGGUGCCUUGCGAAGCACAACAGGGGCCGGCUCCUAGCCCUUCGGCCCGCGCUGCGUGAGCACUACGUUUGCCCGCGCUGCAGCCCUUUCUAAUUUCUACAAGUUCUACAAAAGGCCUAACCCCAUCGAGAGGCAUAGGGCGCUACGAGUCAGAAGCCCUGUAGCCAGUGCCCCGGGAGUUCCUGGAUAGCCGGGGGAUCGCUUGGAGCCCGCGCGGCGCCGUCGAUCCCCGUUGGUCCCCCUGUACUUGGUCCUCGCUCGCUCGCAAAUGCUGCAGCUGCCGCUUGUUUUCCCCCGGCCCCUCCGAAUAUGGCGCUGCUGAGAAGGCGAAGGCAGGGCUGCUGAGAAGUAGUUCGCCGGCACCAGCGGGGUGCCCGAAGAGGUCCCAUUAAGAUCCUGGAAAGAUCACCCUCGACACUCCAGGGGGAGGGGUCGGAAAGAUUCGGAGCGCCCGCCCCUCUGUAGCCUCUGCGACAACUUGCAGACAAACGGGAAGCAUAGACCGCUCGUGUAACGCGCGUUACACGAUGGUAUGAUAGAUGUGAGAAAGGAGUAGACGCCCACGGGCGGCGCCGCAGGUGCUAGCCCGCUGGGAGUGACGAAUGCCCACACCCAACAAGGGCGAGCGAGUGGUCGCGCGGUUGUGAAAGCCCGCCAGCGCGGGCCGAAAGGCUGAGAACCGCCGCCCGGCCAAUCUUGAGACGGAGCCAGGCCGAACGGGUUCGGUUUUGUCGCCUUUUGGCCCGUGCUGCCUGUUUCAUCGGAUUUCCCGACCUUGACUUUUUUGUAGCGCUGACCUUGACUUUUCAAAAUUGGGGUACCUUGACUAACCCGGUAGUGCAUGCAAUAUCCCGGUAGCGGUAGUACACCUACGUUCCAUAGAGACCUCACAGACACUGUCAUGCUAGGUCCCGCAUUCCAGACCUGAUGGGUCAUGGAAAACCUGCAUGACAAGCUUACACUCUUCCAGACCCAGACAUUUUUGCAUUUGAUAUAGGAAGCAGUACUACGACCGGGAAUGCAAGCUCGAGCAUGGCAAAUGGAACAUCUUCUAAUAGCACUGUGCAAUACAUCCCCGAUCCGAAUUUCACGAUCAAGGAACUCGUUUCCGAAGCGGUGGAGCUCCAGCUCGACAAUUUUCUCGGUUUCCCGAACAACCCGCAGUACCCAGAAUCCGUCUUCCGGGAAAAGGAAGUUUUCGACUUGGGCCGCCCGUUCGCAAAUGCGAGUCGAGAUUACCGGAUGUACUGGCACGUGGAUAACUCCUUGAAUGAGAUGGCGGGAAUGUUAGAUGAGAAGAUCAAGUACGAGUGGGUUAUCGUUGGGAGUUUCCAACUUCUCGGGCCGGUGAUCCCGAACGAAACGGUCAAGUUAUUGAUGAAACGGUAUGAGCUGGAAGCGGCGGGGUUCUUUUUCGAGAAAGGGAUGGAGACAGGAUCGGGCACUUCUGCUGGAACAACUGCCGACGCCAGUGCUGUGGCGAAUGCAAGCAACGCGACAGAUGUGGAUGUGAAUGGAACCAGUAAUAGCAGCAAUCAAUCGACGAGCGCUCUGCGUGCUUCUUCAUUAGCGGGGCUGGAGGAGGAAGAAGCCGUCGACUCUGCCAUAAAUGCCACAGAUUCAUCAUCAUCAGUAUCAUCCGCAGCUGCUUCAGUCGACGCCACGAAAACAACGGUGACAGACGACCCGACACUCAAUCACUUCGAAUUCCACAGCUGUUUCAUCGGCAAAACCUGCUCCAUUGCGGUCCCGUUUGUCGGAAAGGAACAAGACUUCACGAAGGAAACAAACUUCUUCAAAAUUCGGAAAAAGUGCAAUCUAAACGACACCUUACUCUUUUUGCAGCAGGAAGAGCAGAAGAGCAAAGCAUUAAGAGAGCAAAACCGCCUGUACGACAGAAGCUUCACCGAUGCAGCGAACGACCCCCUUCCCUACUCCGCGGGAAGACGUCUUCGUAGACUCUCACACAACACGCCAACAACCACUCCCGCUCCUCUCCCGACCCCGUACGGCAUCAAUUUCGAGCCGAAUUUCCUGCCGUAUGGGUACAAACCCACGUUAGCGGAUUUGAACCAGCAGAACUACAAUUUGUUCGAAAACCUGGACGAAACGGGGUACAUUUCCUACCUCCCGACGGAUUAUCUACUCGCCAGUAGAAACAUCACCGCGGGAAUUCAAUUCCAAAACCCGAACUUCCCCUUCGACAGUACUUGGUCCAGGCCGGAUUUGCUUGUGGAGUCUGUCCGCUUGCCACAAGUGGUGGAUCUGAAAUUAGCAGGCGGGUUUGCGGGGAAGUCGAGUGCUGGAUUGCUGUUAACGGAGGAGAAAACGAUGAUACCGCCGACGGUCGUGGAUAGUGGGGAGUUGUUUUAUGGGAACGCUUUGUUGGAGCAACUGUCGUCCACCUCUGCGGGUCUUGGGGCGAUGCAAAACACUACAACAGCAUCAGCAAAUUCUUCCUCUGAAGGUUCUUACAGUACGGAUCUCCUUUUGAAUUCUAUCGAAGUGGAGUCCAACAGUUUUAUCCUCGAAGAGUACCUAUCAAGUGCAAAAAUGUCGGGGCCUGGAAAAGUGUAGACUUGUCAUGCAGAUUUUCCAUGACCCAUGGCCAUGAGGUCUGGAAUGCGGGACUUGGCAUGACAGACCCUGCGAGGUCUCUGCCAUGCCUAUCCUGCAAGAGAACUCCCUUCCAACUUGGUCAAAAGUGUGCCGCUUUUGGCACUCAUGAAACACAGAUUUUUGCAUGCUUCAGAUUUACCAUGACAAGUUCCAUCCUCCCAGACCCAGACAUUUUUGCAUUUGAUAGUACCAGAACAAAACUUUGUUCAAAUUCGAUUUCGGAUUGUCCACUUCUCUGCCGACGUUCACGAAUUACGAAUUGUGUUGGUCGGACAACGAGGUCUUACUCAGUCCCAUGAAGUUCUAUGGCCCGCUGGAUCAGAAUUUGGGGCUAGUGCAGAAGUGCGGGUAUUCGUUUACGUCUUCCUCGUCUUCUACUUCUUCGAGUUCAUCUGCGUGUGCACUACAAUUCGCCGGUGAUUUCUUCCAGAAGCACGCGGUGCCAUCGAAGGCAGUGACAGCGGUUGGUGGCAACGAUACGAAUUCCACUGGCGGCACGGGUCUUGUCGACGAAUUCUCUACUUCCGAGGAUAGCAUGACAAAUUCGUCGAAUGAAACUACUGCACCCGACACGUCAAAGAAUCUGAUCCGCAUUGUAGACGACUACGACUGCAAUAGCCCGCACAUUUUGUACAAUGGGAACUUGGUCGAGUUUGUGAAAGACGAGAAAGCAACAGCUGGUACAUCGGACGACAGUAGCGUUGAUGCGGGUGAAGACCCUUCAGCAACCUCUGGCGCUGUUACUAUCCAGGACGUGCGGCCAGACAACGAGCGACAGUAUUCUGGUUUAAAUACGACGGACUCGAACCCGACGCACGCGAUGCUCAGCAUCUACAACAGCGGACAGUUGAAUCGGUUGAAUAGUUUGAACCCGUACAUGACCUUUCCGCCGAACGAGAUUUUAGCAGGACAAAGCGAUAUGAUCGCGCAGUUCACGCUGCCAGAAACCGCUUUGAACUCCAUGCCCAAGUUCCACAGGAGAGACAAUUUGACGGUGUGCUGGAAAAGCAGCGAGGAAGAUGCUGAUGCUUCUAGUUCUACCAGCGAAACAAGAACCAGCAACAACCAGCUCUAUCCUUGGGUCCGGGCCGGAUUCAUGUCUUUCGAUACGGAUUUUCACUGCAAUUUGGGAAGUGUUUGUCAGUUGCAAGGUUUGGAAGCAAUCGUUCUAAAAGCAGUGGAAGAGGCAAAGUUGGCGACGGAGAGCAGCAGUAGUACCAGCACAGGUUCAUCCAACAGUAGUACGGGAAGCAACGACAGCAGUACCACAAAUUCAACCAAAACUGCUGCUGACAAAAACAUUCUCUACCACCCAAUUAUCACAAUCGCGGAAGACCAGAGCAACAACUGCGCUCAGAGUUCGAAUUCGAGUCGGGUGAAGAUUUUAUCCGGUUUUGAAGACGUGAAAACUUUAAGUUCAGAAGUGACGAAGAUGCUCGGAGACGAAGUCGGAGGUGGAAGCAGUUCUAGCACAACGACGACCAGAGAAGCUUUGGAAGAAGAAAUUCUAACGAAUUCAUCGCAUCAGACCCUUUUAUAUGGUAUUCAAAAAUGUCUGGGUCUGGAAGAUUCUAAACCUGUGAUGCUGUCUCUGGAUUCGAAAAAAUUUUGUAUUGCCUGACCACUAAGAGUAAGAGGAGGAGACUUUGUGCUCCGCGGAGAUGGCAUUUGUCAUGCGGAAUAGGCAUGAGCAAGCGCUUGAAAAAUAUGUGAUGCUAGGCCAUGCAUCACAGGCAUUAUGGACCAUGUACCUGGAGGGCGCAAGCCUCAUACCAUACCAUACCAUACCAUACCAUGCAAAAUAUGCAUCACAGAUCUCACAUUCUUCCAGACCCAGACAUUUUUACACUUGAUAUUUUACAGCUUGCCCAUCGGAGAUCUUCCACGGAGAAAUACGACAGCAACUACGGGAAAGUGCCACUCGUCGUGUUGCCUUUCUCCAUCGGAGUGUACGGAAUUUGCGUCAGCGUGCUGGCGAUGAGAGUCGUGGAGGAUGUAGAUGGGAAAAUAAAUCAGACCGGAACAUCAACUGCAACAUCAAGUAACGCAACAGCCCCUCUCACUUUCAACACGACAACCGCCCUGCAACAGUCCAUCCGCGCUUUCUUGACCGUCGAUGGGCCGAAUUACAGGCACAAUGCCGACGCGAACACGACAACAGCGAAGGCGGAUAACAACACUUUCCUGAAGCUGACGACCGAGCACGUGCCUAACUCGCAACUGAAUUUCGCAAACGUGUUCACCGGUCAGUACGACUACUUGCGGCUGCGGGACAGCACUGUGGGGAAGAAGAACACGUCACUUGAAGCGGCGAUUUUUGAACACGACCCGGCCAUGGUAUACGACAGCAGCUCUACAGAUUUUUCUAGCAACAUAGCGGUAUCUUCUGCGUCGGAAACCACAAUCUCGCAGCGGUACGCGUCCAUGAAUUAUUUUCUAGGCUUAGACCAGGAGCUGUCGAGUCAAAAGUUAGGAAUCAACAUUGCGGAAUUUUUGGACACGGGCUCGAGGGAGAUUGAAACCGUGAACAACAUGGGGGCGUAUUUACUCUAUCCGGGAGCGGAACAAGUGAGUGCUGCAACAACCAGCCUGACCUAUCAUCAAGCGCAACGGCAGUUGCUGGUCGGCGAUUUCUUUUCGGUCGGGGGGAACGACACGCUAGGUAUGUGUGUGUGUGUCUGUAUGUUGUAGUAGUUCUGCUAGUAUCUUCGCAAAGUGCAAACGUUCAUGUCCUGAACCAAAUGCAAAGUCAACCUUGUGUGUGUAGACAGAGAUUUCUCCACUUGCGAAAAGAAAAUCGAUCCAGUACUUACAAUUUAUCAUCAGGCAUCACCGAGGCCGGCACCGUGUUCGACGACCCCAGCGGCGCGGCAGUUUCCACCUCCGCCAAGCUUGUGACGCGAAAAACCACCAGGCUCCCGUUUUCGGAAGAGGAAAAAACCCAAGCAGCGGGGUCGUUUAUCAAACUCCCGGUGAUGAUCGGUGUAACGUCUUCCGUGUUUGAAAACACGACGCAGUACGAGCGGGCUGUUGUGGACCCGACGAUGAUCAUGAAGCAAUUCGCCGUGGAUGUCGCGAACAUGAGUGUUUUGUAUGAAAGUUUCGGCUUCAACAACUACACCGUGCCAACAACUUCUGCCGCAAACGAUUUGUUAGACGAGCCCAUUCGGGAGGCUGGGAAAAUCGUGCCGACGGUGCUACAGAAGGGAGAGGGACGAGGACCGCCUUCAGGACAACAGAUAGACGGAAUAGUAGGACCAGGCCCUGGCGUGGGAACAAAAUCGAUCGAGUUUGUAACAUACGGAGACGUUGGUGUUGGAGAAACGGCAGAUACAACAUCGUUGCAAUCGAUUGUGGUGAAGGAAACCAGCAGUGCUUCCGACAAGAACACGGCUGAAAAAUCAACCUCUGCUGACCCGACUACUCGCAGCGUCGAAUUCUUCUCACCCUUCGACAGUGCGAAGUAUCAAAUGCAAAUAUGUCUGGGUCUGGAAGGAUGCGAACUUGUGAUGCGCAUUUCACAACACAGACAAAUCGCUCAUGCAUAGGCAGCAAAGGGCGCCCAUUUCCUGUCACCAAAAUGGGGGAUUUGUCAUGCGGAAUAAGCAAUGCCGAAGCUUCUCGAAAUCUGUGAUGCUAGGGCUUCCAUGACAGACAUUUUGUGUCAUGCAAAAACAGCAUGACAAAAAUCUGCAUUCUUCCAGAUCCAGACAUUUUUGCAGUUGACACGACGCUGCCCUUGACAAUUUGUCAACUCGGCGAGGUCUGCGGUGCGUUUUUGGAAUCCGACACCAGUUUGAACGCGCUCAUGGCAGCUUCAUCGGCAACAUCGUCUUCUUCUGCGAAAACAAUGCAGAAAACCAUCGAAACCACCAUCGCAAACGGGCACGAGGUGGCGCGGAAUGUGAUAAAUCUGUUCAAUUACAAUCUGUCCACUUUCCUCACGAACGACAAUUUCACAAGCGUCGACAAAACCUCUCUAUCAAAUGCAAAAAUGUCUGGGCCUGGAAGAUUCUGAGACUUGGCAUGCUAGUCUGGCAUGACUCUGAACUCUGUGUUGCAUGGCCGCGAAGAGCUCCUCCUCCCUGUCAUGCAAAAGCGCAGUGUUUCAUGCGGAUUACGCAACUCAGAUCCAUGAAAAAAACUUGUCAUGCUUGGCAGCGCAUCAUAGUGAGUUCACUAUUCCCUUUCUUGCAUCACAAGUUUCCAGACCCAGACACUUUUGCUGGUUUUGCAAUUCAUACUCUCUGCCCGGGUACGAGAUUGUGACCAGCACGGCACUGAAAAUAUGCGAUGCGAGGUACGAGCUGGGGUUGAACAGUCUGCUGAAUUCCAGCAUAGAAAUAUCAAACAGCAAAAACAACUACAAUUACCCGAAUUACGACGAGCGAUAUUUAAAUCCCGGGUACUACCACCCGAGAAACUUCGCCGCUCAUUCCAACCUGAAUCUCACCGUGAAUGAGAACUCAACGGAAGAAGAGAUCCUCGCUUUCUUGCAAUACGAAGCCGACUUGGCGGUGUACGAGCAGUUUCAACAAAUAAAUCAGCAAAGUCCAAAUGAUAUCAAACUCCCCCCCUACCCACUAGUGGAUUCCGAUUCCCACCUAUCGUACGAAAAAAGUGUUUCACUGUGAGGAUUUUGCAGGUUUUGCAUCACAAGUUUGUUCUACAUGACAGAAAAAAUUUGCCAUGCAAGGCUCCUAAGGGAAAACACAGCUAAAAGUCCACUGUCUUGCAUGUGUAGCAAGACAAACACUUGUGAGAUACAUUUUCUGCAUUACAAGUUUACAGUGAAACAGUUUUUUCUGGCGAUACCACCUGAAGCCGAUCGGGGUGUUACGGGAACUGUAUCUCGCGGACAGCGACGUGACGUACCGAAAUUUCGACUCGUAUGGUGUUCUCAAACGUUACAUUCUCAACUGUUACAUGAUUUGUCAUGCAAAAUGAUCAUCAAGAUCUGAUCCACACGAUCAAGCUGCUUCGCAUGACAAAUUUGCGAAUGGCUAAACAGAACCCAAAUCUGUUCGGAAUUUGUAAUGCUACAGAUGCAACCUCCCCCCUUUCACUUUUCCCAUUCUUGCAUCACAAAUCCAUGUAACAGCUGAGAAUGUAACAGUUGAGAACGCCAUAACUCGGAGGAGGAGCGGCAGCGGACUUUGGACAUGGAGUCUAGAUUACCGAGCAACUAUUUCCUGACCAGAGUCGUCGCGAACCGGUUGAAUGAUGUUUUGAAACUACGGGCGAACUUUGGGAUCAUUUCACGGGCGGAUGUGAACCAAUUGUUUUCUCUUUGUUGGAUCACGGAAAAUACGGUGAUGGAGAGUCAGGACGACAUGGCUGAUAGCGCUGUUGUUGCUGACUUGGUGGAUGAGAAGAUGAAGCUGAUUUCAGCUUCCGCCGCUGCUGGCGGAGGUAGUGCCGCGUUGGAUGUGAAUUCUACGGGAAACGACACGGACGUAGUAGCAGGAGGAACCUCUUCUUCUAGCGCCGUAGCAGCUGAUGCUGACGACUUCGACGAUUCGAAUUCGACAAACGCGUCUUCCAAUGCAACGAACGCAAGCAGUCUGACCGGAAGCAGCAGUUCCAGAACUUCUACAGCGUUGGUCGCAGGAACAGGAGUAUUAGACCCCGCUGCCAUAUCGAAACCCCCACCAAAGAUCUUCUACUCGCACCGCACAAUCAUGGAGAUCGGGAAAGUGCGUUUCCAGGGACCAAGGACGGAUUUAGGGCCGUAUUUCUGCGUUAUGGGAAAAGCGUGUUCGAUAGAGUUGUCCGGGGCGAUGAGCCGGCCGUUUCAAUUGCGGAUCUACAAAAAGCAACUGGCGGACAAAACUUUGAAGCCCUUGAUCCACUGCAGCGCAUUGAGCGUGAAGAACUUGGUGUUGCAGCUGGCAAUCAAGGAGCUGGUGAGUAUGAACGGCGGAGGAGGAACUGGAGCGGGGGGAAUUAAUGGAACCAAUUCAUCCGCCAACAGCACCGCAUCGCCGGCCUCUACUCUCGCAGUUACGAGCCUAUUAGACGAUGAAAUCGCAUCCCCAACGAGAACGAACUCCACAGCCCUAUGGCGUUCUCAAACGUUACAUUCUCAACUGUUACAUGAUUUGAUGUCAUGCAAAAUCACAAUAUAGAACUGAUACGAUCAAGCUGCUCCGCAUGACAAAUUCUCGAAGAGCCAAACAGGCUGAGAAUCUGUGGCAAAUCUGUCAUGCUAGACGCGCAAGGUCACCCCUUUGACUUUUGCCAUUCUUGCAUCACAAAUUCAUGUAACAGUUGAGAAUGUAACAGGUGAGAACGCCAUAAGCCCUCGCAGCGAAGGCGGCUCUUCUCACCGGCCCGUUCAGGAAUUUCUUCGCCUCGAAAAUUACCUACGAAAUACCGCGAGAACUCCUAUCCAACUACGACCUUUUCGACCCGACGGACUCUUUCGCGUAUGAAGUUUGUUUCGGCCCGCAUGUUCUCGUUAACGAACUGAAGAUCGUCGGUCCGUACCCGUUCAGGAAAGAAACGAAUUUGAAGCAAUCCGAGAUCCAGCCGGUGAACAGUUUGAUUACCGCUCUGUCGGCGCGGUUGGGGCUCCGGUACGGCGGACCGACGACGGCGACGGAUGGACCGAGUUUGGAGCAGUUAGAGGAUAAAAACAAGAACGGGCCGCCGUUGUUGCAGCACUUACUCCCCUACCCAAAUCCCGUGCAGGACUACUACCCGGUUAACUCUGGCACGGCAGCUGUACCAGCUGUCACCUCAACAAUUGUGAACACUUUUGACGGCGGAUUGUCCUCAUUAGAACUGGAGAAAUCUCAACUUUUAACCCAAAGGCAACUCUUGCAAUCCCUGGACCAAUACUGGUUCCAACAAACGCAGACGAACAUGCCGAUAGAUUUACAGGAAUACGGGAGCAGAAACAGCAUCAAUGCCUCCUUCUUCGCCAACUCGUCGCGCGCCCUGCCGAAUGAGGAAACGCUGCGGAACAUCCAGUUGUCGGAUCCGAAAUUGACCCAGUACAAGCCACAGGUAUUUGUUGGUGAGAAGGUUUGUUUGCACCGGGAGGAGUGUAUUCAGUACGAGGAAUUGAAGAACUGGCUGCUGGGGACGAUGUAUCGGAAAGUUUGCAGGGUGAAAAACGGGACAGCUGAGGAUCUAGGAAUGGCGAACAGCACAACAGAUGGCUCGAAUAGUAGUACCACAGUGGAUGAAAAUACGAACGCGACCGUAGCGACGACGAAUACCACAAACGAUUUUGAACAAACAAACUGCACGGUAGAAAUUUCUGGGUUUUUCGGUUACAGUGAUGGUAACGGUGUUGUACAAAGCGGCAGUACAACCGUGUCUCAUCUCGGGCAAAGCAGUUCGGAAUUAGGCUUCGUCCGGAACGGGACCUGCACAAAUUUUGUCCCACUCGCGACCACACAACUCGCGGAGCAACAAUUCGUGAUUGAGUGGACUGAUAAACCGGGGGAGUUUGGAGAGACGGAAAAACUGUGUUGGCGCAGCGAUAGCGAGGCGGCGCCGAUCUACGUGGGGGAUGUGCUGUUUACGUAAGUAGGUAGAAAGAAGACUUGGACUUGCGGGUAGCCGCAAAGUCACGGUUGUGAUAGAAAAUAUUUCUAGCUGUUUUUUUUUUCGAACGGCGAGCGACACUGCUGUCGCUGCGCUGUAUAUUGGUUCUUACUUUAACACUACUUAUUUUGAAAUUAUCUUGUCAACUUGCGUUCACUACGAUAAUCACGCUCAUUAAUAACAAAAACUGGAGACAAAAGCGUAUCAGGAAGCCAGUGCUGCGACGAUGCUGCAAACAGAUAAAGAUGAUAUACGGAUACGAAAACUCACUUUUUGGUUUGAAAAAGAAAAUCCUGGGCUCUGAUUUGUACAAAAUUUGAUUGGAGAUGGAGGAUUACUAGUUCUACUUGCUUUCAUACUGUAUUGCUAUGCUAUCUUUGGUAGUUUCUUUUGCUUGGACUCAUUUUGGAAAGGCGCCGGGUUUCUACGCUUCGCCCGUGUCUACAUGCCAAUGGCCUUCUGCUGCAACCUGUGAGUGCUCAUUGGUAUUGGUUUCGUUAUCUGUCAAACCUUAAAGUAAAAAUACUUGUCCAAUAUCUUGCUCAUCUUCAUUUCUUCUCGUUGUAUCCUAAGAGUGAAAUAGAAAGACCUCAAGUUUCAUCUUUUGCCUUCUCUGUGGGAAAAGUCGACAAAGAAAAAUUGUCUAAAGUGAUGUCUCGGCAAGGUUUGUCCAAUCAU